ACGACAAACAUACCAAGUUCUCAGUUGUCUACAACAAUCAUACCAAGUUCUCAGUUUUCUACAACAAACAUACCAAGUUCUCAGUUGUCUACCACAAACAUACCGAGUUCUCAGUUGUCUACCACAAACAUACCGACAUCUCAGUUGUCUACAACAAACAUUCCAAGUUCUCAGUUUUUUACAAUAAACAUACCAAGUUCUCAGUUGUCUACCACAAACAUACCGACAUCUCAGUUGUCUACAACAAGCAUUCCAAGUUCUCAUUUGCCUACCACACACAUACCAAGUUCUCAGCUAUCUACCACAAACAUAUCAAGUUCUCAGUUGUCUACCACAAACAUACCAAGUUCUCAGUUGUCUACCACA